CAAUGAGUCAGCUGUAUGGCACGCUAGGCAGCUCUCAGUAUAAUUCAGCAUCUGGUACACACUAAGUCAACCAAACUCGCGAUGAAAACGAAUAUCGGAGCACAGACAGUAGAAAGAUAGUAGUGCGUUUGGUCGCCGGGCAGUGAUUUGGUGGUAGAACACACACACACAAUAGUCUGUCAAGAAAAAUCUAAUUUAUUAUCGGAUUUUUAUAAUUUUAAGUGAGAAAAUAUUGUUCACUACCAUAGUAACAAAAGCCAAAGAGAAGAAAUCCUUUCUUGAUAAUAUAUUGUGUCCAUCGGAGUCAAGAAAUCCAGUUGGAAAGAGAAGAAAAAGAAGAAACCGAGAAGAAUCACACAACUGAAGAUCAUCUUCGUGGAAGUUUGUGCAAUAUAUGUUGAACAAAUAAAAUAAGACGAUACUAAUCUGUGAUGAUUGUUUCUUGAAAAAUUACAUACGUAAUUAUUUAAAAACAAUUUAAAUCUAAGCAAAGACAAGGUUUGCAAAAUGAUACACUGGCUGGUUUCAAGAAAACCUCUUAUUGUUAGUUAAAAGAUAACAUUAGCCAAUUAGUACGAGAGUGUGAGUUGGAAGAAUUGUAAAUAAAUUGAAUCAGAUGAAAACUAGCUCGUAAAUUGAAAUAUCGAUCCAUCAAUAUUCACCGAAUUGUGAAUCGUAUAAAUGCCGAUACGUUGUCACAGCCUACGAUCGAUUGUAUCAUUCAUCAGUAGCCGUGUGUUUGUAAACAGUCAUUUCAACGAAUCGUUUAAGAAUUAUUCAUGAAGGACGAUUUGCGGUUAAAGAUGACAAAGUAUAUUUCAAGUGAACAAAUGCCGUACAAUCCGUGCUUCAGUUCAAACUCGGACACACCAGGUUUCAACUACGGAUUCGACGUGUUCUCACCUCACCAUUUGCACCCGCUGUAUUAUUCAUUUCCCAAUAAAAUGCCAUCCGAUGCCGCGGACGACACGAUGAGAGAUGGCCAGCAGACACAUGUGCAACACGAGGAACACGUCAAGAGGCCUAUGAACGCGUUCAUGGUAUGGUCCCGUCAGAAACGGAAGGAGAUCUCUCAGGAGCACCCGAAGAUGCACAAUUCGGAGAUCUCGAAGAUGCUCGGCGUAAUGUGGAAGGAGCUCCCCGUCAAGGAUAAAGAUCCCUACGUCGAGCAGGCAAAGAGCCUGCGCAAUCAGCACAUGAAAGACCACCCGAAUUACAAGUAUCGACCUCGGAGAAAGCUCAAGAAGAUGUCAAUUUCGGCGGACCCGUCCAUGUACAUAACUUCGAGGCACUGCUCCGGUUUCCCGCUGUCGUCGGUCUACGCUACGUCGAUGGUCAAUCCCUCGGCCAUGCCUCGUCCGGGCUACCAUCCGUACCACGGGUCCGUCCAUUUUAAGGCGAUGAACCCAAGUGCGUCGUCCACGGUGUCGUCGUCGACGGUUUCGGCUGACGGCAACAACAACGCGUCUUUCGACAUCAAUAGCUUAUAUCAGUUCUAUUCGAUGCCACCGGCGGUUGGUAAUCCAACGACAUUGGCGCAGCAUCACCUGAACCUGAACUCGUUCUUCCCGACAAGCCAGGGUACACUGGGAACCAACGGUCUCCAUUCUCAGCUGAUGUUUCCUUCCACGUCCGGAUCUACCGGGACCGCCGCGCACAAUUAUGACACCAACGAAUCGCAAUCUGCUUCGUUAUCGGUGCCAUCCACUAGGCCACUGGCUACCCCCACGGAUUCCGAUUGGCUUCAGAGAUAUGAUCCGGCGGCGUAUUCACGAUAAAUAUGAGGAAAUGCUAUAAUUACAAGAUAUGACACGGAUUAUCAUGUACCUGGAAUAAGCAAUAUAUUUGGUAGUAAGGCGGUUGUAUUUAUGAAUUAUACAUGCAUUAUAAGGAGGUGUAAGACGAACAUUCUGCCAAGAUGUUGUAAAUCACAAAUAACAAGGCUUACAAUUUUUUUUACUCAUUUAAUUUUUUUUUUUUCUUAGAUUUCAAGAGGGCAGGAAAGAAAGACAAUAGAGAGCAAGGUUUUUUAAUGCAUGCACUUCGAUGCAAUUGACUAUUAAACGAUCGAUAAAUUUAAUUCAGAUUUAGCUUUUUUUAUAGCUUUUUAAAGUAUGAUACGUCAAUGAAAGUAAUUUCUACAAAUAAAAAAAAUUCUUUUAGAAAAGAUAAUGUAUGCAUCAUACA